AUGUCUACGCUGUGCAAGAUGGGCGCUCAAAUUGUAUAUAUCUGGGACCAUUCAAUCAAACUCUUCCUUCACCUGCCUGUACACUGUCCAAUGCAUCUGUCCGACCUCCCACCAGAGCUAUUCCUCAACAUCGCUGCUCACCUCCCACUCUACGCGGUGCCUUCGACCCUGCUCUCCCUGGCAUCGACAAACCACAGGCUCUAUGGCAUAGCAUACCCUCUCCUCCAUUCACAUCUUAUCCUAAAGAACGAAGAAGACACCCUAUGCGUCCUGGGGAGAUUGAUUGACGAUGCGAACUUGGGACGCUUCGUGCGUGGUAUACACCUCACCACCGCCCUUUCUAGGGAGGUCAGGUUGGAUCAUGCUCGACUAGAUGUAGUCCGCACCCUGCAAAAGCUGAUACACAGCGGAAACAUCCCAAAUCUGUCUACCUUGGAGGUACACCUGCUCCUGUACUCGUGGUAUGAGGAGACAGAUCCCGAGACUGGGAUCUACACUGACUUCGAGGGAUUUGGAGAAUUCAGAAAUGGUUUCUGGAAAUCGUUGCAGAGGUUCUGUCCGCAGCUGAAAAACAUUGCCGUUACUGGAAUUCGUGACACCGACGACGGCUAUCUCAACCAGUCUGGGAUCUUCGAGCUGCAGGCAUUUCCUAAUGUCACUUGCUUCACAGUGAGCUUAAGCUCGCCGCACUUUGACGAUGAUGGUGUGGAGCGGCUGAGGCGCAGUGUCUCCGUCCUAUCUGGGCGAUUGCGAACCCUGAACGUUACGCUCACCAUGCUCGCAACUGAAGUCACCUUCGACGGAUUUUUGGACCUGACCUUUCCAUGCCUCGAAUCGCUCGGGUUAACAGGAUGGGUCCUGAACGACCGCUCAAAAAUGAUGGAAUUCUGGCAAAGGCAUCAAAACCUCCACAGCAUCAGUCUCGUUAAUCGACAAGAAAUAGCAUGGUUCCUCGAUUCCGCUGGAGUGACUGGAGACCUUCUGCCAAAGCUAAAGAUACUCAGGGCCUCGUUCAUUAACGUCCGAAACCUUGCUCCCAUCCUCCACCGCCUCCUCAAACUCGAAAUCUUGGCAAGCUUCAAUGCCCAAGUUCCCUACCUCUUGCGAUACGUUCUGCCAUCCGGCAUUCCCAAACUCAAAAGCCUAUUGAUCGAGCAAGCGUCGGGAUAUAGCGGAAACUUCAGGGUACUGGAGGGUGCGCAUUGGUACGAGACCGCCGAUGGAGAGUUCAAAGAAGCCGACAAGUUUGGGAAGAGCAGGUACUUCAAGUCCAUGACGGACGGGUAUCUGCAUUCUAUCGUACGCGGCGCGCCGAAUCUUGAAGAACUCGCUCUGAAAGGGCCAGACUUGAACAUGGCCAACCACCGGCGUUUUAUGCGCGGUCUCUCCAAUUUCGAGCAUCUCAAGGCGCUCUUCGUUCCAUACAUUCCAGGGCCGAUCGUAGAAAUGAAAGACGGAGAGAAAGAGCAAUUCAGAUCGUUGGCGAUGAAAACAGCUAGGGCCUGUCCGACGCUGGAGGUAUUUGGGAAUUUCAACAAUGAAGAGGAGCCUCGGUACUUGAUCGCACGGAUCCGUCGAGAGGGAAUGAGUGACGAUAUCGGUGCAGAUAUGACCAUUGGGCAUGGUAUGGUGUUGGGGCAGGAAGAUCAAGCGUUUCCUCUUACCAGGCCAAGACUCCUUUAA